AUGGCCGAGGGUUACGACACAAAUCGCUUUCACUCUGCUGUUGAGGAGGGCUUUAUUUGCGCUAUCUGUCUUGGUGUUUUACAAGACCCGAUGCAAUGUGAGAAUAAUGAACAUUAUUUCUGUUCUGGUUGUAUCAAAAAGCAUUUGGAGAAGACCUCGCACAGUUGUCCUACCUGUCAAGAGAAACUGACUGUAGAGACUCUGCGUAAGGCACCACGAGUUGUCGUAGAGUGCGUUUCACAUUAUAAGAUAAGUUGUGACCAUGCAACAAGAGGCUGUGAUGUAGUUCUAGAGCUUGGAGAUCUACAAGCACACGUUCGGGACUGUGAUUUCAUGCCUGUCUCUUGUUCGAACGAGGGCUGUGAUGAAGUGCUCAGUAAACGUGAUGUGAAGAGUCAUGAGAUCGAGUUAUGUCGUUUCAAGACAACGACCUGUGACGACUGUGGGAAAAAGAUGCCUCGUCAUAAAUAUGGCGCUCAUAUGGCUGUGUAUUACGACGUGAUUUUGAUGAAAUGA